GUGUAUAAGGAGGACCUACCUCAGCUGAGGAAGAAGCUGAUUGGUUCUCUGAAGCGCCAGAAGGCUCCGGAGGAGGGGCUUCGUUUGCAGUUUGUUCACGGGUACCGGGGCUUCGACUGCAGGAAUAACCUGUUCUACAGCCAGACAGGGGAGCUGCUGUUCCACGUGGCUGCGGUCGCUGUGGUGUACGACCGCCUGAAGCACAGCCAGAGGUUCUACCUGGGCCACGACGAGGACAUUCUCUGCCUCACCACGCACCCCAUCAAGGACUACGCUGCCUCCGCUCAG